UGGAAAUGUCGAAUGAGGAACAAGAAUGUUCAGCGGUUUCCGCCCCUGGCUCCAUUUUUGAAUCCCGUGUUGCUUUUGUGAAGUGUGUGACAGCUGAUUUCUGUCGGUGUCACCUAUUCUGUCGGCAGGCCCCUCCGAGACGACCUCUGCCUGCGUCCGGAGCAGGACAUGGAUCCUGUGACUUUUGAGAAUGUGGCUGUGAACUUCACCUCAGGCAAGUGGACUUUAUUGGAUUCUAGUCAAAGGAAGCUCUACAGAGAUGUUGUGAAGGAAAACUAUGAACCUGAUCUCCAUAGAGAAAGCACAUGAAGAAAAUAUUGAAGAGGACUACCAGAGUCUCAGGAGAAAAUCUGGGCAGGACCUCAUGAAAGAGCCAGAAUCAUCCCAGACACAGCAUGAUCAGCAGAUGGCAGGUCUUAAAGGAGCAGUGUCUCUCCUACCCACCAGCAAACAGAGGCUGUCUGGAAAAAAUACAGCUACCAGGAAGCUCCAAUUCGACUCCUCUUUUUGGGCCAGUAAACUUUGAGGAUGUGGCAGUGAACUUCACCUCAGAAGAGUGGGCGGUGCUGGAUUCUCAUCAAAAGAAGCUCUACAGAGAUGUGAUGAAGGAAACAUAUUUGAACCUGAUCUCCCUAGAACAAGCACUAGAGGGAAAUAUUGAAGAGGACUCUAAAGAUCUCAGCAGGAAUAUGGGAAUUCAGGGGAUUGAGAAAGACCAUGAAUAUGAAUGUUAUACUGAAUGUGAUAAAAACCAGCAAUCUUAUCUAGAGAGUAUGAUCAAUAAAGACAUGCCAUCCAGAGUAAAAGCUGAUGAGACUUCAUUUUAUGUAAGAAACAUUAUUGGUCAUUUAUCCUCACAUGGGUAUCUCAGAGAAAAUACUAGAGGGAAACUACUACUGUUUAAGGGAGCUGUGGCAAAAGCUUUUACACCUCAGAAACAUUGGAAAGAUAACAGUUAUUCUGAAUCACUUCAAGUACUUGAAACUUCUCCUGAAGAGAAACCCGGUAAAAUUCAACAAUGUAAUGAAGCCUUUAGGAGUCUCUGUUUUGAUCAGCCUCAAGAGAGAACUCAUACUGGAGAUAAACUCAAUGAGGAUGUCUUAAUGAGAUGCACAUAUGAUCAGAAUGAUGAAGGAACCCAAAAAGAAGUGAAACAAUUCGUAUGUAAUCUCUGUGAAGAAUCUUUCAUUGAUUCUAGCGAUCUUACCAACCAUGAAAAAAGUCAUAUUGAAAAGAAAUGGUACAUUUGUAGGGAAUGUGGCAAAACAUUUAAAUAUGCAGCAUGUUUUGAGAAACAUAAAGUAACUCACAUAGGAGAGAAGCCAUAUGCUUCUAUACAUUAUGGAAAAGCCUUCACCCAAUUCAAUCAUCCUAACAGUCAUGAAAGCAGUUACAUUGGACAAAAGCCUUAUGCCUGCAAGCAUUGUGGAAAAAAUUUCACCAGUUCUUCUUAUCGAAACAUUCAUGAAAGAAUUCACACUGGAGAGAAAUCUUAUGCCUGUAAGCAUUGUGGAAAAGCCUUUAACCACCCCAGUAGUCGUAACAGACACGAAAGGAGCCACAUUGCAGAGAAACCUUAUGCCUGCAAUCAUUGUGGAAAAAAGUUUACCAGUUCUACUUAUCGAAACAUUCAUGAAAGAAUGCACACUGUAGAGAAACCUUAUGCAUGUAAGCAUUGUGGGAAAGCAUUCACCAAUUCCAAUGCUUGUAGUAUUCAUGAAAGAAUACACACGGCAGAGAGGCAUUAUACAUGCAAGUAUUGUGGAAAAGCUUUUUCCUGUCCCAGUCUUCUGAAUUCCCAUGAGAUAAUUCACACUGGAAAAAAGCCUUAUACAUGUAAGCAUUGUGGAAAAGCUUUCAACCACCCCAGUAGUCGUAACAGACAUGAAAGGAGCCACACUGCAGAGAAAAUUUAUGCCUGCAAGCAUUGUGGAAAAAAGUUCACCAGUUCUACUUAUCAAAACAUUCAUGAAAGAAUUCACACUGGAGAGAAACCUUAUGCAUGUAAGCAUUGUGGGAAAGCAUUCACCAAUUCCAAUACUUGUAGUAUUCAUGAAAGAAUGCACACGGCAGAGAGGCAUUAUACAUGCAAGUAUUGUGGGAAAGCCUUUUCUUGUCCCAGUCUUCUGAAUACACAUGAAAUAAUUCACACUGGAGAAAAGCCUUAUGCAUGUAAGCAUUGUGGAAUAGCCUUCAACAACCCCAGUAGUCGUAACAGACACGAAAGGAGCCACACUGCAGAGAAACCUUAUGCCUGCAAGCAUUGUGGAAAAAAGUUCACCAGUUCUACUUAUCGAAACAUUCAUGAAAGAAUUCACACUGGAGAGAAACCUUAUGCAUGUAAGCAUUGUGGGAAAGCAUUCACCAGUUCCAAUGCUUGUAGAAUUCAUGAAAGAAUGCACGGGGUUGAGAGUCAAUAUACAUGCACGCAUUGUGGAAAAGCCUUUUCUUGUCUCAGUCUUCUUAAUAUUCAUGAAAUAAUUCACACUGGAAAAAAGCCUUAUGCAUGCAAGCAUUGUGGAAAAGCCUUUAACCACCCCAGUAGUCGUAGCAGACAUGAAAGGAGCCACACUACAGAGAAGCUUUAGACUUAUAUAUGCAUGCAUUGUGGGAAAACCUUUUUCUGGAGCAGUCACCUGAACAUCCAUGAAAUAAUUCAUACUGGAGAAAAAGCCUUAUGUAUGUAAGCAUUGUGGAAAGUCAUUCAACAACCCCAGUAGUUAUAACAGACAUGGCAGGAGUCACACUGCCAAGAAACCUUAUUCAUAUAGCUCUUGUGGAAAAGCCUUCACCAUUUUCACUUCCUGUAAGACUCAUGAAAAGAAUUCACUAAAGAGAAGUCUUAUACAUUUAAGCAGUGUGGAAAAUCAUUUACCCGCUCCAGUCAGCUGAACAUCCUUGAAAGGGUUCAAAUUGGAGAGAAGGCUUUUGCACGUAUACAUUACAGUAAAACUUGGAACACUUCAACUUGUCCUGAUUUGCAUGAAAAAAAAUCAAAAUUGAGAAAAACCCUGUGUGUGUAAAAGAUGUGGAAGCUGUUCAUUCUAUUUAUCUUAACAGACAUAAAAUAGUUCACUUGAAAUUAAAGCCUUAUGCACGUAAGAACUGUGGAAAAGCCUUCAGCUGCUCUUGUGAUCAUAACAGACCUGAAACUCUUCACAGUAGUCAGUAACCUAAUGCGUGUAACCAUUAUCAGAAAGUCGUUAGGAGAUUCACUUGGUAUAAGAGUAGAACCAUUUCACUGGAUAGAAACCUUUCGUAUGUAAACAUUGUAUAUAAACUGUUUCUUGUUGUUGUUGUUGUUGUUGUUUUCAUUUUAACAAGCAUAAAGAUCCCACACAAUAUCUGUAAUGUGGGAAAGUCUUCAGCACAUCCAGUUUCUGUAACCCGCAUGCACAGGUUUACAAUGGAAAGAAUUCUAAUCCAUAUAUCCAUUUAAGUAUUGUUCAAAGCCUUUAGAGUUCCUGCUGCCAUUCUAAAGAAUUCACUCUGGAGACAGACUUUACAUGUAUAACCAUGUGGAAAAUCUUUUAUCAUCCACAGUUCCUACUAUACUCAACAAAUUUUUUCACUUUUGAAAACCUUUAUGUUUAGAAUAAAUGUGGGAAAAUAGUCAAAGGGUUUAGAAUGAAUAAAACUCAAAAGUGUUUGUCCUC